CAAGAUUUUCAACAGAUGAAGUACUGAAGUAUCCAAAUUCUUCCCUCAUUCUAUUGACGUGAAUACAAAUUUCGUGUAAGAUCCAUAAUACAGAAGAAGAUGAAAAGAACAAGUCACUAUCUGAAGCUUUUAACUUUGAUUCCACAAGUUCAUCAGACUCAACAAAUCUGCAAAAGAUUGUGUCAUUUGGUUUUUCAGACAAAGAUUCAAGAGGGAACUCAGAGUUCUACAAACCAUGAUGAUUCAAAGGAGGUUUUACCAAGAAUCAGACUCAGAGAUGGGGGGCAUCUUGCUUGCAUUGAGAGAGGCUUCCCUAAGGACAAAGCAAAAUACAAGAUGAAAAGAAUAAGUCAUUAUCUGAAGCUUUUAACUUUGAUUCCACAAGUUCGUCAGACUCAGAAAAUCUGCAAAAGUUUCUGCAAUAUAAAGGUUCAUGAGGGAACUCAUAUUUCUCCAAACCAUGAUGAUUCAAAAGAGAUUUUGACAAGAAUCAGACUCAGAGACGGGAGGCACCUUGCUUACAUUGAGAGAGGCGUCCCUAAGGACAAAGCAAAAUACAAGAUUAUCAUUGUGCAUGGUUUUGGAAGCACUAAAAGAAUGCAUUUUCCUGCAACACAAGGAUUAAUAGAAGAACUGGGUAUAUAUUUUGUGCAAUAUGACCGAGCUGGAUGCGGAGAAAGUGAUCCAAACCCGAAACGUUCAAUGAAAAGUGAAGCACUUGACAUUCAAGAACUUGCUGAUCAGCUUCAAAUUGGAGAACAGUUUUAUGUAAUUGGAAUCUCUAUGGGCUCCUGUGCUACUUGGAGUUGUCUAAACUACUUUCCUCACAGGCUUGCAGGGUUGGCAUUGGUAUCCCCAAUUAUCAAUUACAAUUGGCCUUCCCUCCCUAGGAGUCUAAUAAGAGAUGACUAUAGGAGGAAACCUGUUCUGUGGACACGUUGGCUCGCAAAUUACUGUCCUAGACUAUUGCAUCGCUAUGUGACUCAAAACUGGCUCCAGUCAGCUACUAUUGCCGUUGAAAAGAACCCAGCAUUCUUCAGCAAAAAUGAUAUUGAUAUUUUGAAGACACUUCCUAAGUUCCCAAUGUUUACAAAGGACAAGUUAAGGGAACGCGCUGUUUUUUACGCUCUUUGUGAUGAUUGGAGAUUGGCUUUUGGAAAAUGGGAAUUUGAUCCAGUGAAGAUAAGGAAUCCAUUCCCUCACAAAAGAAGUUCAUUUCAUAUUUGGCAAGGAUAUGAAGAUAAGGUUGUGCCCUUUGAACUUCAAAGAUUUGUUUCAUGGCAGCUACCUUGGAUACAAUAUCAUGAAGUUCCAAAUAGUGGCCAUCUGAUUUUAUGCUAUAAGGGCAUGUGUGAGGCAAUAUUGAGGGCACUUUUACUUGAGCCAUAAAACCAUGCAUAUAGACCUAGAUCACCUUUGUUAUUCAAAGAGUAUUCUCUAAUACAGUUUUUGUACAUAUGUUGGGUAAAUUUCACUUACUAAGUGAUGAGUCAUAUUCCUUAUCCUUGAGUUUUUUUUUAGCAUAAUAUCAAUUGUAUACAUUACAUUAGUUGGUUGGAAAGGUGUAUAAAUUGCAUUCAGUAAUCUGUCAAGUGAUUCAAAUAACUCCACAGGAAAACUAUUUCAUCUGUGUCCUACUUUGUCAUAUGUUCUAAAUGGAUGGCACAUCACAUGGCUUUGAGUCUAGCCUUUUGAUUUUUCUUAAUGGUGUGGUACCUUGUGAUAAACAUUAGACUACCAAGCCUUUCAUGCCAUUGCCAUAUAAGACAACAAAGUUAAUUACACAAUGAAUUUCAAGAAUUGAAACUCUGUAUCACGGUUGCAUG